AUGUAUCCGCAGUCAAACUCGACGCCUUACCAACCAGCGGCUGCGGCGCCGACGCUCUUUGCCUCCUGGACACCUAGAGCAAGCUACUAUGCGGCCGCCUUCGUUGUGUUUCUGGUUGCGUGGCUUUUACGGCCAAAGUCCCAGACUUGCAAACUCAGUGUACCAUUCUAUGGAGCCUCGAAACUGAAAUGGAUUUUUGACGCCGAGUCCCAGAUUGUUGCAAGCUACAACAAGUUCCGGGACCAGGUCUACCAAAUCAAAGCUACAGAGGGGAUCCAGGCCAUGGUUCCUCCAAGGUUCAUUGCCGAGCUCAAGGGACUACCUGAAGACAUUCUUAGCUCUACAGAGGCUGUAGCAGAUGCUCUCCAAACCAAGUACACCAAGUUUUCACCGGGUCACAACGGAGACAUGCUGUCCCUUCUCGUCAGGACGAGAUUGACGCAGAAUUUAGUCGAGCUGGUCCCCCAGCUCAAGGGCGAGCUGGAGAGCUACAUCGCUACCGAGUUUCCGCCUUGUGAGGACUGGACUUCUGUCAAAUGGCAGCCCUUUGCUCUGCGCGGAAUUGCCCGACUGAGCGGCCGAGCUUUUGUUGGCCCCUCGUUGAAUCGCGACGAACAGUGGAUGGAGGUGACGAUUAACUUUGCCAUUGACGUCUUCAUGUCAGUCAUCAAAUUGCAGCUUUUCCCAGAGUGGGCUCGGCCCGUCGCCCAGUAUCUCGUAUCGGACUUGCGCAAGAUACGACGAGACAUCAAUACCGCAAAGUAUCUGCUGAAGCCACUGCUGCAGGAAAGGAUACGUGACAUGGAGAUUUCGAGCUUUCACGACCCCCCGAACGACCUCAUGCAGUGGCUUAUCGAGGCUUUGCCCGAGGAGGAGAAGUCAGACGUCCAAACUCACGCCGAACUACAGCUCAUCCUAGCUGCCGCGUCAAUCCACACCACAAACAACCUCUUGUUCGAGUGCAUGGCCGAUCUCGCCUCCCACCCUGAAUUACAGGCCGAACUACGCGAGGAGGCAUACCAGAUACUAGAGGUCGAAGGGGGCUGGGCCCGCAAGGAGAGCAUGGCGAAACUAAAGAAGCUCGACAGUUUCAUGCGUGAGGUCCAGCGGCUUCGUGGAAACAUCACAUCCUUCAUUCGCAAGGUCUUGAAACCAAUCGACCUUUCAGAUGGCACGCAUCUACCCGCGGGAACAAGAGUACUCGCUCCCCAGGCCGGUAUUUCUGUCGACGAACAAUUUUAUCAAAGCCCCGAAGAGUUCGAUGCCCUGCGAUUCUACAACAUGAGGCAACAGUCGGCCGAGGCGAGCAAUCGCUGGCAGUUUACAUCCCUUUGUGACACAAAUCUCAACUUUGGAGCCGGCAAGCACGCGUGCCCUGGUCGGUUCUUUGCCGGGAACGAAAUCAAGCUUUUUCUUGCAUUCUUCCUCAUCAAUUACGAAGUGAGACUGAAGAAGGGUGAUGAGCGGCCGAAGCCGAUGGCAAUGGUAAUGACAAAGGGGCCUGACGCCAAUGCCGAAUUUGAAUUUAGGCGGCGGCAAUUGGCAGAAUGA